AUGCCCAGCAAGGCAGCAAACGGCUACGCUGUCCCGCAGCCAGAGCUGUCGGCCAACUUUGAGUGGCAGCCGACGUUCGAUGAGCUGCUCGAGCAGACGGCUUCGACGAACGUGGUCGACGCCGACUGGCCUAUACUGAAGGACAUGAUCAAGCACAAGCUGGCAGAGGCCAUCUCCAACUUCCUUGCGAUGGGUCCACCCUGGCCGCUCGCUCCAGAAGACGCGCUGCAGGCACGAGGGAGGGCUUACAACACGCUCGACUCUUUCACCGGACCUCCCUUCACCAUCCAGCGACUAUGCGAACUCUCCCUUUACCCUCGACGACAAUACACGUCCCUCCCAAAGUACCUGCGUGCCGUCAAUCGCAUCCUGAGCGUGACGUCUGAAAAGUCCGCCUUCAGCGAGGAUUGGGAUUCGGAAGAACCGCUCGCGUCCACCUCGGCGACUACCAUCGAGAACUCGCUCGGCGUCGUCAGCCAAGGAGUGGUUCUCUCUCCCGCGCAUCCCUCCGUCUCGCCUUCAGCCGUUGCGACCCGAAGACCUGCACCUUCUCCCUCCGCCAGCCCUCGAGCAUCUCCGAAAGUUGUCCCCCUCCUCAGCCCUAUACCCUGGCUUCGAAAGUCAGACACCGUAUCCGAGAACGGCGACGUCGACCCUAUGUCCCUCUCUUCCCCGCCGCCAGCCUCUUCACCUCGGAACCCUCCAAUCUCCCUUCCUCCGACCAUCCCGCCCGGCUCAGCGACAGAUCCGCAGCUCUCGCCGCCUAAAGCACUACACGAAACAGCGACGCCGACAGGAGGACUGGUUGAUGAGGUCGACCCCGGCAGCGGAGGGAAAGAGACGGCGGAACCGGUCGCGUUGAGCAGCGCGACGACACUCAGCCCGGAGCGGGAAAGGAAUGGCGCGGCGAACCCGGGCACGGCGCUGAGUCCGAAGGAUCUGCUGGAGGGGUCGACGCUGCAGCAGCGGUUUGUGCGCGCGAGCAGUCCGAAGGUCGAGAUGCCGCUAGACCCGGAGGCGGGCGAGAAGGGCGCGGCGGCGGCAGAGCAGGCGGACCGGAUGGAAGAGGACCGGUAG